AUGGCAACAUUGCAGGCGCGCCGCAGCGAGAUCACCUCCUCUAGCGAGUUGGCGCAACGAAGUGGAGGUUGCGGGCUUUCCAAUGCAGGUCCAACCACUGCAUAUAAUAAUGUGGUUAACUUUGGGGCAAAAGCAGAUGGAAAAAGUGACUGUACAAAAGCAUUCUUAAAGGCAUGGGAAUCAGCAUGCACUAGUCAAAGUCCUGCGACUAUUUACGUGCCUAAAGGGAGGUACCUGCUAAGAAACACCAAUUUCCGAGGUCCAUGCAAGAGGAAGGUCACAUUCCAAAUAGCUGGGACUCUUGUGGCUCCUGAAGAUUACAGGGCACUAGGAAAUUCUGGAUAUUGGAUUUUAUUCAAUCAUGUGGAGAAUAUUGUUGUUUCUGGAGGCAAAUUGGAUGCUAAAGGGGCUGCUUUCUGGAAUUGCAGGAGAUCUGGAAAGACUUGCCCCGUUGGAGCAAGGUCAAUGACAUUCAACUGGGUCAAUAACUUGGUGGUUAGUGGCAUAACUUCAGUGAACAGCCAGCUAGGUCACCUUGUGAUCAACACUUGCAAGAAUGUUGUUGUCAAAAAUGUAAAGCUUAUUGCACCAGACCAGAGCCCUAACACCGAUGGCAUUCAUGUUGAACACUCAACUGGAGUUACUAUUAAUGGUUGUACCUUGCAAACUGGGGAUGACUGCAUAUCCAUCAGUGAUGCCACCUCCAACCUCUUCAUGUCCAACAUUAAAUGUGGCCCUGGCCAUGGAGUAAGCAUUGGAAGCUUGGGUAAAGAAAUGGAGGAACAAGGAGUAGAAAAUGUGACUCUAACCAACGCCAUCUUCUCUGGAUCUGACAAUGGGGUGAGGAUAAAGACUUGGGCCAGACCAAGCAAAGGGUUUGUUAGAAAUGUUCGCUUCCAAAACAUCAUCAUGGACAAAGUUGAGAAUCCCAUCAUCAUAGAUCAAAAUUAUUGUCCCAACAAUCAAGGUUGUCCAGGCCAGACUUCAGGAAUUAAAAUCAGCCAAAUAACAUAUUCAAACAUAAAUGGAACUUCAGCAACACCAGAGGCAGUAACAUUUGAUUGCAGUCCAAGUAGCCCAUGUCAAGGAAUCAAAUUACAGGAUAUAAACCUAAACUACAACGACAAAGCUGCAACCUCGUCUUGUAAGAACAUUGAGGGGACCAGUAGUGGAACACUUGUGCCAGAAAGUUGUCUAUAA